GUUUCACACAGGAACUCUGUGCUGCUUUCGGUCGGCCCGUACGGGUAUUUAACAAGAAAGUUUGCACAACUUUUCAGCUAUUAGGUGAGGAGUCGGACAAGACUGAUUGUAAAGCAGACGCUUAAAUCUCCACUUCUGCACAAGAAUCUCAGCCACAAAUAACCGAUACAGCACACGGCCCCGCCCCUCCACUAUGACAUCACCAGCCCUGGACCUAUCGGCUGUCCUCCCGCCUCCCCGGCUGGCGCAGCUGGCUCGCGAUUGGCUGGCGGAGGACGUGCCGCAAUUCGACCCGGCGGGGGCGUGCGUGGGGAGCAGGGAGGUCACGGCCACGCUGCUGUGCAAGAGCCCCGGCAGCGUGCUGGCGGGGACCCCGUUCUUCGCCGCCGUCUUCGCCGAGCUGGGCUGCAGGGUGGAGUGGCUCUUCCCGGAGGGGGCCAGCCUGGGUGAGGAGGGGGGGACGUUUCUGUGGGCCUGUGGGAGCGUCACUCGGGCAGUGAGAGACGCGCGCGCAGUGUGCGGGUUCUCCAGCAAGAUCGAGGUGGAGUGCGGCAGCGAGGAGGAGGGCAGAGAGGCUGCGCUCGCUGGGGCAGACAUUGUCAUGCUGGACAACUUCAAGCCACAGGCUCUCCAUGCUGCGGCUCGCUCUCUGAAGCAGCAGUUCCCCUUGUUGCUGAUCGAGGCCAGCGGAGGAGUGACCCCGGACUCCCUCUCUCAAUUCCUCUCCCCGAACGUCGACGUCAUCUCUCUGGGCUGCAUCACCCAGGGCUGCCCUGUGGUCGACUUCUCCCUCAAGGUCCCGCGUCCCCCUGGCGCCGGGCCCAGUGCGCCCAGAGACGGUCUCCUUCCCCACACCAACGGUGCCACCAGCCCCGGAGACCGUGGCAGCAGCCCCAGCAACGACAUCAUCACCACCUUAAGCUCUCCAAUGUCUCGCAGGGACUUUGCCUUUUAAAAAAAUGACAUUAAACCCACAGAUUUCACCUGUACAUGCAGUUUGAGGCUGGCAGCUUGAACUACAUUUCCCAGAAAGCUUUGGGAGGGGAAUGCCCUGACCAAUUGGGAGACAAUAAAUUGGUCAUGUGACAUUUUAAAACCAGGAAGCUGAAUCUUCCGGGAAGAGAGAGAAGACCUUGUGUGGGACUGAGUCUGGGUGACAUGAGAGUUUUAGAGAUGAGUCCCCGGCUGACCCCUAGUUUCUGAGAAGCUGGUGAACAUCUGAAGAUGUCCAGUUAAUUGACUCAAAGAUGAGUUUAGGCUUCUGUUUGGUUUGAUCUUUUACCUCACACGGUAGAUAAAGUUUUAUGCUGUACUGCUGUCUGCGUUCUGGGGUCCUGCCCGUUGAGCUUGCCUACUGGAAGAGACAUAACGCACCCGACGAAAAGGAUGAGGGCUGUUUCAAUCUGGGCGGUGGAAUGUUUCCUUAUGUUUUUUUCCUAAUGCGUUUGUAUGGCUGUGCUUUCUUGUGAAAGUGGGUUUGGUUGUGGAGCAAAGCUGUUUUGUGUGCCUCUGAGCUGCACCCACUUGACACCUGUAGCCCCCAGUACAGAGGCUCACUUCCCACUGAUCUGCUGCCUGCUUGAGCUCCCUCUACACAUUACCUCGGGCGGGAACCCCAAGGAGCUUGGGGUAUACCUAUCAUACCUAAACCUGACAUCCUGUUCUUGACACCAGAUUACUGUUCAUGUGUUGACUUCAGACUGACGGACUGAAGGGACUGAGUCUUUUUAGUCUGAAGGGAGUGUCCCACACUGAGAGGCUAGAGGAACUGAGUCUCUUUAGUCUGAAGGGAGUGUCCCACACCGACAGACUGAAGGAACUGAGUCUCUUUAGUCUUGAGGGGAGUGUACUACACCGACAGGCUGGAGGACCCGAGUCUCCUUAGUCUUGAAAAGAAGAAGACGAUACGGUAACCUGAUACAAGUACAUUGACCCAGGAUUUCUUCAGACUCAGGAGUGAAGCAGAAAGCAGGGGAAAUGAGUGGAAACUACAGUGAAAUGAGAAAUCAAGUAUACAAGACAAACCAGCACGUUUCUCCACCACAGUUUA